AACGAUGGAUCACAUGUUUCUGCCUCGGUCCAUCUGGACCAGUGACAGUAAGUUUCUCCAGCAUCCAGCAGACCUCUACACCAGUGUGGUCGUUACGCGCAGCAUCCCUGCAGGCACGUGCUUUGGUCCAUGUGUGCUCCAGCACACUUUCUAUGACACCAUCGCCUUCAUAGCGCAGAAAUCCUGCGACAAGAGAGCGAAAUCCUACGUAUUUAAGGUGGACCCUGAGGUCAUGCGUAAUUCUGCUUUGGUGCUGUCCUGGCUUCGGCUCGUGCAGGCUGCGCGCAAUGAGGAGGAGCAGAAUACCGAGGCCUUUUUGAAAGCGGGUCAACUGUACGUGCGGACCACCCGGGACAUCCGGCAGGAGGAAGAGCUACUAGUGUGGUACGACCAGGAGCUGUCUCACCUACUGGGCUUCACAGACAUGAUCCGAGCAUCAAGUGAAGAUUUUAAAUGUGGAAAAUGUAACCAGGUCUUCAAUUAUGAGUAUCCGUACCUGGCUCACUGCCGACUCCUGUGCACCCAAGUAAAGAGUGACACUUGGAGCCGCCUUUACGAGCAUAAGCAUGUGGAAAUUAAGAGGCAACACCGAGUGACAGAUUUUCACAACAUCGCCAGAGAAUUGGAACACAAAAAAUCUGGCAGCAAUGAGGACACAGAGAUCCCACACAAGAAAAGGAAAUACGAGGAAACUCCAUACUUCAAAGGGCGUAAAAGUGUUCUGUUAGAAAAAACGAAUAUUUCAAAUGAUGGUAACAUUACACAGCUGACCAAGGGCCACGAUCAGACAGCAGGAGAUGCUACUGGUUCUAUGGGGAAGCUGAAAGCUGAUAGGAUCAAACUGGACCAGUUGGGAUGUAAGAAUUAUGCUUUUGGUGAAGUGGGAGAACCCAAAGGGACUUUUACGCACGACAGGGAGAGAGAGACAGAUUCGGAGAGAGGAGAGAGUUCUGGUGUGCGCUCAAGCAGCAGAAGUGCGUUUUCUCCAGUCCUUUCCAACAGUCAAAGUGAGCAGAAAAGUGCUUUUUGUAAACCGAGCACAAGAACUUCUCCAAGUGAGCCACCGGCGCAUGUCAACAGAGCAACAACAGCCCCCUCUAGCCGCAUAGAGAUAGAUGCUUUCCCCUCCAGGACUGUCAUGGGAUACAACAAUCUGCUGGCAUCCAACAUCCUGAGCAGUGACUUACAGACUGUGCCCUCCCCUGUGACAUUAAACAGCUCUUUCCAUUACGCACCGGAACACUGGUCUAGAAACAUUGGCGCUCAGCUACAGACAACCUCGUCUCUCACGAUCCUCCCACCGACUUUCACCUCUUUCGGCGUGUCGGUGCAGAACUGGUGCGCCAAAUGCAACCUGUCCUUCCGCAUGACCUCUGACCUCGUUUUCCACAUGCGUUCUCAUCAUAAGAAGGAGUUCGCUGCGGAGUCCCAGGUGAGGAGGAGACGGGAGGAGAAACUCACCUGCCCGAUCUGCCACGAAUACUUCCGAGAGCGGCACCACCUGUCCAGACACAUGACUUCUCAUAACUGAGAC